UGUCUUUUUAUUUAAAUAAUUACACUUUAAAAACCUAUUAAAAAUCAAAUGUGAAGUGAUGAUAACCUACAGUAAGGCCUUACUUUACCAUCCCAUCUAUUAAAUACAUUUAAAUUAAAUACAAAUAUUAAUAAGCAACAUACAUUUGAUGCUGAAGUUUUAAAGAAAGUCGAACAGCUGGACAGGUGGAAGUAAUUGAUUAUGCACCGUAACCAGCAUUUGUUGAAGUGCUAAACCAGAUUUUAACACUUCUUUGGCAGGUGCAGAGAGAACAUUUUCUUUCUUUCAAUUUAUUCAACUAGUUCAGUUCAAUGAUUAAGAACAUAAGAGUGGCCAUACUGUGUCAGACCAAAGGUCCAUCUAGCCCAGUAUCCUGUCUUCUGACAGUGGCCAAUGCCAGGUGCCCCACAGGGAAUGAACCUAACAGGUAAUCAUCCCAUGCUCCAUCCCCUGUUGCCCAUUCCCAGCUUCUGGCAAUCAGAGGCUAGGGACAUUAGUUCAUUCAACAUUAAGAAAAUGAUUGGGAGUUGAAAAAGCAAGAAAACUUUUUGUCCCCUCUUCCAAUCUAUGAAUACAAAUGAGGUGUCAUAGGGUGAGAUCUACUAGUUCUGAAAUCUUGAAGGGCAGAGUGACCAGAAACAAUCAGUUCAGUUCACUACCUACAGAUCACACUUCCUUUGUUUAAUAAAUCAGUUGUUUAUCAAAACAGUUCUUGCAUUAAAAGCUUUUUUUUUUCUCCUCAUGUUGAAGGUAGUUUUAUUUAACUAAUAAAAAAGUGCUGGUUUUGUGCUAUUGUAACUGAAUUCCAAUUUCCAGCCAAAUACAGCUGGACACAAAUCACGAGUAAAAUAUUAAUCAUCUAGUAAAUAAGAAAUGCUUCAGUCUCCAUUUUCUAACAUAAGAAAAAAAGUACAAAGAAGAAUCUAAAUGUAUGUUAACUAAUUGCUCAAAUAAAUGUUUUUGCUAACUGGUAGGUUACACUAUAUCUAUACACAAGUACUAAAUUUAAUGUAAAGGCUACAUUUAAUUACAUAUCAACAGGUUUUAAUGGGUACCAACCAAUGAGAAUCAACCUUUCUUUAGGAAAGUAAUUAAAAAGUUAAAAUGCAAAGUGAGAUUAAAACUGAUCAGUGAAAUCAAGGUUUUAGUGAUGUCAAUUACUUUUAUUUAAAUCAGUCCACCCUGGAAUAAAGCCACUGAUUAUUCCCUGGAAAAAGAGGCAGAGAUGGGGCAAAUUUCCACAGAUAUACACCCAGUGGGAUCCAGGUCAAUCAGUCCUGGAUUAAAGCAGUUCCAGCAGGUUUAUAAGACCCUCCAAGCUGCUCAGUUUCCCACAGAUGUAUUUCCCUUCUGAGAACUACAGACUAGAAUGUAACAGACCACUUCAAGGUCCUCUUAGUGCUUCAGAUCAUUGGGGAAGUAACAUUUGUCAACACAAUUUUUCAACUUUAUAUAAUGUAUUAGAAAUAAAGCUAAGUUGAAAAGGAAAUAAGCAUAUUAAUAAUAGACUAAUAAAGAAGUCCAGUUAAUAACAGAAUGAUUCAGAAUAACGUGAAUCAACCAUUAAUUAUUAGCUGAAUCAGAUCAAUAUAUCAGACCAUUCCCACGUGGACUCUAGCAGUCUGGCAUGGCAGCAGUUCAUUUAGCUAUCAGCCCAGGCAAUGGGGUGUUUUGCCAGUUAGGUCUAAGCUUGUACUCCAGCCAAAGGCUUGAUGCAGAAGGGAAAGAACCAAGCCCCAAGACACAGCUAAUGUGUGGAUCAUAAUUUAAAUGGCUAGCAAUCAGCUGUUUCUGCCCAGAUUUCAUGUUUAGAUGAUCCCCUUAUUCACUGAGUGAGCAGCAUCUGACCUAGGAAGCUCAGCCACUGAGCAGAGAGAGAAAGCAAGCAGCAUCCCCUCCCUUAGCAAUACACAGAGCCCUCUGAUAGCAACUCUGUAUUGCUGUGGGAUUUUAAAAGCUGCUGUGUCCCACCCCAGAGGUGGCUGCAUUAGGGAUCCCUGAGCAGCAGUGCCUGUUAACUAGCUGCCAUACCCCACCUCAGAGCUACUUGCCCACCAGUUACCACAGAUCUUCUCUUUCUGUAAGCUACCAGUUGUUUAUCUAUGUUUUCCCAGUCACCGACCCCUGCUCUGGGCUCCCCUGCAGUCUGGACCUUAUCUCCUCCUCCCGCACAGGCUGAGCCCAGUGGGGUUGGUGCUCUCGGGAUAAACAAUCCCCCAGUGACUGCUCCCUGGCUGUUAUUCCAGUAUCAGAAGACUCCUGAGGUCUUCCAUUCCCAUUCAGGUUGAGCUGUGAAACAGAGAGAGCGGCCCAACUUGCAACUGGGGAACUAGGAAGCUUCUGCCAUGCUGGCACUCCUCCCUGUGCUGCCCUGCCUGCUGCUGCUCCUCUCCCUGCUAGGCCCUGGCUCUGCCUCCGAUGAUGGCACUGUGGUGCUCACCAGCAGUGGUCCCGUCCGGGGCAAGCAUCUCUUAGCCGGCUCCAGCACAGUCACCGCCUUCCUGGGCAUCCCCUACGCCAAGCCCCCCAUGGGGCCCUUGCGCUUCAAGAAACCAGUUCCUCACAAGCCUUGGAGGCAUGUCCUGGAGGCCACCAGCUACGGCAACUCCUGCCCCCAGCAAGUGUUUUCUGGUUACCCUGGCAGUGCCAUGUGGCUGCCUACCACACCGCUCUCAGAGGAUUGCCUCUUCCUCAACCUCUGGGUGCCCCAGCCCCAGCCCCAGGUUCCCGCUCUGGUCCCCAUCCUUGUCUGGAUCCACAGCGGGGGAUUCUUCAUCGGCACAGCCUCCCUUGACGUCUAUGAUGGGCGCUUCCUAGCCGCCACUGAGAGCGUCAUUGUGGCCUCCAUGAACUACCGGCUGGGGGCGCUGGGCUUCCUCUCGCUGCCGCCAGCCGCCCCAGGAAACGCUGGCCUGUGGGACCAGCGCCUGGCACUGCGCUGGCUGCAGAAGAAUGCAGCCGCUUUUGGUGGGGACCCAGCACGGAUGAUGCUAUUUGGCCAGAGCGCUGGUGGUGCCUCGGUCGCCUUCCACCUCCUCUCACCAGGGAGCCGGCACCUCUUUGCCCGGGCUGCGCUGCAGAGCGGAGUCGCCAAUGCACCUUGGGCUUCACUGAGCCCAAAGGAGGCCAGAGAGAGAGCCCGGGCACUCGGCCGACUGAUGGGCUGUGGCAAGGGCAGUGACGGUGCUGUGGUAGACUGUCUGAAGAAGAAAGAUUCGGAGGAGUUUGUCCGACACGAUUUCACCAUCACAAGGAACAAGAGGCUGGUUGAUUUCCCCUUCUUGCCCACGGUGGAUGGGGAUUUCCUCCCUGAUGAGCCAUGGCGGCUGCUGGAGGCUGGGCACAUCCACACCAAACCCAUCCUCACCGGCAUCACUGCCAAUGAAGGUUCCAUGUUCCUGAUGUUCGGCGCUCCUGGAUUCAGCCUGGGGAAUGACAGCCUGAUCAGCUGGGAGGAGCUGGUGGAGGGAGUAAGGUUCAUGGUGCCGGGAUUGCCAAAGCUCUCCAUCCAGGCAGCAGCAUUGAGGUACAGCCAAGAGGGAAAGGGUCGCGGCCUGGCGCAGCACCGCUGGGCCAUGAACCAAGCUGCCAGCGACUACCUCUUCUUGUGUCCCAUGACUGAGCUGGCCGGGCAGCUGGCGAAUGCUGGGAGCCCCACGUAUGUCUACUUCUUUGCACACCGCUCUUCCGGCUCGCUCUGGCCCCACUGGAUGGGGGCGGUGCACACCACCGAGCUACUCUAUCUCUUUGGGACCCUGGCAUCCGAGGGGGGAGCCAACCACACAUACACGAAGGCCGAGGUGGCACUCAGCCGUAGGGUGAUGCGGUACUGGGCGGAGUUUGCCAGGAGUGGGAGUCCCACAGGGACAGAUAGGAGCAAGGGGCACUGGCCCCUCUACAACACCACAGAGCAGAACUUCUUUCACAUCAGCAAGAAUGAGUCUCGGGUCAAAGGGCCAUUGCCCACGCGGCACUGCAGCUUCUGGGCACGUCUUGAGAGGAUCUCCGGACCCAAGGGCCAACAGAUCCCCAGGGCCUAGGGGGCAAAUGGAGACCAGAACAAAGAAACUCUCACGUGGGGGGAAUCUCACUGUUCGGCCGGGUGAAGGAAUCUUGCGGCAGGUCAGAGGAUGACAGCACCGCCCCUGCAUCUGUCUAUUCUCAGAUCCCCCAAAUCCAUGCUCUGCAGACCUCAUUGCUAGGUACAUCUGGAGAGCACCCUGCCCUUUCAGCUCCCAAACCACCUGCUUCUGUCAAAGAGAGAUAUUACUGCUCCCCUCUUAGCCUCUCUAUGGGGCCCAUGAUCACACCCACUGAGCCUGGCUCUCACAUAUCCCAGAGUGCUUCCGCUCCUGGGCUCCAGCCCCAAGAGGGGUCAAACCCUUUCUCACACCAUGAUUCAGCAAAUUGCAUCCCAGAGAACUGCCAUCCAUCCCCCAUCCACCACACACACCUCUGGGGUUGUGAUGCCCACACACACACACACCACACUCACUGCUGCUGAUUGGUUCAUUAACAAGGACCAUGACAACGAACUGGCCAAACAUCCAAAGUUUUCUGCUGAACCCCAAGUGGAUUAAAGAAUUUCCAUCCUGGAGCUACUAUCCUUCCAUGUGAGAUCUUUUCUAGCUAGGGGUGGGGUGGAGGUAUGAGAGCACACAAAGGUGUGUGUGGGGGGAGCCGGGAUACAUGCUGCUGCUGGGGUUUGACUGGGAAAGUUACAGAGCCUGGAGAGUGCUUAAAACAUGAACAAUCUGGAUCCUCUUCCAUCAAGAACUGGAAACAGAACCCAGGUGUCCUAAUUCUCAGCCACCUCUGCUCUAAACACUAGACACCACUUUCCUCCCAGAGCUGGGAGCAGAACACAGGAGUCCUGACUCCCAGGUCCCACUGCUCUAACUACUAGCCACCACUCCUCUCCCAGAGCUCGUGAUAGCACCCAGGAAUCCUGACUCCCAGCCCUCCCACUCUAACCACUAGAUUCCUCUCCCGCAGCCAAACGUGAUUGUGGGAUCUCAGUGAAAGCCUUAAAAGGCUCUUCAUUCUCAAAUUUCCUGUGCUGUAAACACAAAAAAUAAGUUGGGGCUUCUGUGUGUGACACACACAGAGUGUGAUUUGACCAAAUUCAAUUAGCUAGCCUGUGGCAAAGCCAGGAAAUGAGACCUCGAUGAGGAGCCUUAUGACCAUUUGUUUUUAAACAAAGCAAUCUUCCUAGAAUGGUGCAGAAUGAGAAAAGGUUAUUAAUGUAUGUAUUUAUUUAUUGACAUUUCCAUAAUUGCUUCUGAUCAAUUUUGGCCAUGCCCAAGUAGAUCAAUACCAUUUGUGCUGUUAUGGAUAUAUGGACAUAUUAUGGCAGCAGUCACCAGGUGGCACUACAGGACAAUCUUAAAAGUUCUUUUUCUUAGGGUGUGGGCACUGUUCAGUUUUUGAAGAUGUUGUUAAUUUUGCAAUGCAGAUUCUGUUUGGGGAGCUGUGGCUGUGGUAAACAGCAAGGGAAUUUAGAGUAGAGUUAAGUCAAGUUUUGGGGCAGAGGUGCUUCUCACAAACUAGGAAUUAGUGGUGGGCUGAGAUUUUUAAAAGGCAGGUUUGCCUGCAUCCCAUUUAUGACCACCUCUGUUCAAGGACUGAUGGAUAUAGUGUAAAUACACAACUCGCAAUAGAACAUACCCUGACUCUGCACCAUCGAUUUCUCCUUCAAAGCAAUUGACCUGCAAGGCUCUGACAUCUGCUACCGCUUGGCAAAGGGGGCUACAGUAUAUAGUCAAUAAAUAAGAUAGCUAUUAUCAUUACUUGUGUCAAUAUUUAGCUUCUGUUCAGCCACAGCUUCAAAUGAAAGUUGCAGGUCUGGAAAUCAGGAUCACGGUGUGUCAAGCUGGGGACUCAAGAAAAGUGGCACCCUGAAAUAACCAUACCUUCUGCAGCCAGUGUAGUGUCAAAAGCUGCUAGAGGCAUGGAUUACUUCUAUCUUGUGUGUAAUUCCUUAUCCUGGAGGACAGAGAUGGGGGAAUUCACCUUACCACACCCUGCACAGACAAAAGCAUCCAGUGGGUCUCCUAAAAUCAGCCCCCAGAUUCAAUUUGCCACUCCAUCCCCUCCUCUCAGUUUUUUCCGUCCUAGGAAAAACCCACCAGCAGCUCCCUGUUUGAUAAUCCCCUUCUUGAUCCAUCUCCACUGCAGCUCUUUACCUUCCAGGGGCUGGGAUGAUCUGGAACAAAACGUGGAUGUUACACUGCGGCCAGUCAAGGUGAGAAGGACAAUUGGGAAGGUUUCAGAAGGAGCUUUAGUCCAUUUCACACUGAUUCCCCCCAGGCUCUUUCCCUGCAGACAGUCACUGACACUACACCAGGGCUACCCCCACAGAGACAUUUUUAUCCCCUCUCCCCUCGUGUCCCUGAGCCAAAUGCUAGCAAGGAGCAGAAUCAAAGGAGCUGCUUUGGGGAUUCCCCCGAUACAGUCCCCAGGACAGCACUUUCUACAGUUUUGACAGGACUAUCCAAAGGUCCCGGCUUUGGCUGCUGCUGCUCCCACUGGUUGGCUCCUCGCUGCAUUUCUGCUCUAGAACUUGACUUUGUGGUUAUUAUUGAGCUGCUCACCCAGAGGUGGCUGUUUUUUAGCACUGGGUGAGCAAUCUCGGUGCAGUGUGACUGUUAUCCAGCUGCCUGGUGGUGCCUGGGUUUCAGUGAGCAUCACAGCCUGGCAUUCCUGAAAACCAUAGAUUGUUUUCCAAACAGGGUCUCUGCUUUUCAGGUCACUAACCCUGCUCUGGAUUCCCAUUGGACUGGCCCUUAUCCCCCUCUCCUGUGUGUACAGAGCCCAGCAAGGGGAUAAAUAAACCUCAAGUGGCUGCUCCCUGGCUGUUGUGCAAGGCGUCAGAGGCACCCCGUAUCCCCUGUUCACCAGUGAGAGCAGCCAAACCUGCUCCUGGGUGAGGUACAUCUGUGCAUCCCUCCAUCUUAGAUAUGGCUUACUGGGCUCUACCUCUCACCAGGGCCAAAAAAACCCUCCCCUUGCUGGGUAAUAACUCCCCUUAAACUUCUUCCAUACAUUUCCUCCUUCCCACGGGAAACCUGACUCAGUACUGUUCCACAGCUGGGACGAGAACCCAGGAAUCCUGGUUGCCAACCCCCCCUCAAGCCCACUCCCCUGUCAGAGCUGGCACUAGAACCCAGGAGUCCUGGUUCCUAAUCCCCCACGGGCCAUUCCCCUGCCAGAGAACCCAGGAGUCCUGGUUGCCAACCCCCCUCAAGCCCACUCCCCUCCCAGAGCUGCAAAUAGAACCCAGGAAUCCUGACUCCUAUGCCAUGGGGGGAAGGGAGCUCAGGAACUAUGGCCCAUUGUCUCUCUGGUUUCUCUCCAGAAGAGCUGAGUGGUUUGGUUGAGGGGGGCACCUGCCCCACUAGGAACUGAGCUGUGAGCACAGCAGAAAGCCAGAGCCCACAGGGGGCAUGUUCAGGGGAUCUGGGAGGGCAAAAGGAACUCUCCUGCCUGUACGGGACCCUGCCAGGGCUGAGAAACCUGCGGGGGCGAGGAAGGAUAUGUUUGGGACGCUGAACCUGCCCGUCAGUGGAGGAAUUCACAGGGACAGAGAUUUCAGCACCAUAGGGCCCAUUUCCCAUCCUCCCAACCCUGGGGCUGGAGCAGAGCCAGCAUCCCAUAGAGGGAGCCCUGGGCCACAUUAACAGGGGCGGGGGCGGGGAAUGUGGUCCCGUGGCAGUUGGGAGGAGGCAGCAGUGGGGAGGGGCAGGUGACUGGCGGCUGGUGGUUGUGAAGAGCUGGGGUGUGGCACACUGGGGCUGGACAGGCUCCAUUGGGGUCUCUUGCUCUUCAUUUCCCCUCCUGUGGGCCUGCCAGGCUGGCAGAACAUGGUGACCCGGACCUGGAGCCACAAAGGGACUUAGUAACGCUGAACUUGUAACGCUGAACGUUGCAACACCUAACUUUUUCAGA